AUGGACUUUCUUCCGCUCCAGGCGCUGCCAGCGGCGCCGCGGGCCUCGUCCUCUGUCAAUCCCCACUCGCGCCAUUUCCACUCGUUCCGCCACCCACUCUUCAUCAAGCACGCUGCCCCCGUCACCCACAUUCACUUUUCGCCCACAAAGCCGCACAGGUAUGCGGUCACAAGCUCGACACGCGUGCUCGUGUACGCGCCCAAGACCGGCAAGGUCGUCAAGACUGUCACACGUUUCAAGGACACGGCGCGUUGCGGCGAGUUCCGCAAGGACGGCAAGCUCAUGGUCGCCGGUUCAGACGACGGUUUGGUGCAGGUGUUUGACGUCAACUCGCGUGCGGUCCUGCGUACGAUGAAGGAGCACAACCAGCCCGUCCACGUUACCCACUUUUCUCCACACCUUCCCCAGGUGCUCUCCGGUUCCGAUGACACGACCGUCAAGGUCUGGGACCUCUCGACGCAGGAGUGUGUGGCGACCAUGGCAGGACACACCGACUAUGUGCGUGCCGCCGUCUUUGCCUCGCCUCACACCAUCCUGUCCUCGGGUUACGACUCGACUGUGCGGUUGUGGGACGUGCGUGCUCCCGAGUCUGCCCAGAUGACUCUUCGUCACGGCGGUGCCCCCGUCGAGGACGUUGCCGUGUUCCCCAACGGUGGCGUUGCGAUGAGUGUCGGUGGCCCAAUCCUGCGCGUAUGGGACCUCGCCAUGGGCAAGUGUGUGCGUGCGCUGUCCAACCACCAAAAGACGGUCACCUCCAUUGCGUUUGACGGCUCGCGCGGCAGAGUCCUCACGGGUGGUCUGGACAGCAUGGUCAAGGCGUACGAUGUUGAGGAGUGGAAGGUCGUCCACACCAUGCGCUACCCGGCGCCCAUUCUCUCGCUGGCCAUCUCCCCCGACGACACCCACAUUGCGGCCGGUAUGACCGACGGCACCCUCAGCGUCCGUCGUCGUGACGCCAAGGCGUCCGAGGCCGCUGCCAGCGAGGCCAAGCAGGCCGCCAUUGCCGGUGGCGCAUACGAGUACUUUGCCGACAUGGAGGCCGUCUUUGGUCGUGGCCACAUCAAGGCCAAGGGUUCUGCGCUUCCUCCCGUUGUGGGACCCGCCGACGAGUUCCGCGUCGCCACUCGCCGCCGUGAGCGUCUUCGCGAGUUUGACCGCUACCUCAAGGCCUUCAAGUACAGCGCCGCCCUCGACGCUGCGUUGAAAAAGACUGUUCGCCCCGUCACGACGUUUGCCCUCAUCCACGAGCUGGUGCAGCGCGACGCCCUCCGUGUCUCCCUCAGCGGCCGCGACGACGUCACCCUCGAGCCCGUUCUCUCCUUCCUUGCCCGCCAUGUGACUGACCCUCGAUUCGGUGAGGUGGCAGCCGACGUCGCUUCGGUCGUGCUCGACCUGUACGCCGCCAACCUCGGCCACUCGCCUCUUGUCGAUGAGCUGGUUGCAAAGCUCCAGACCCGUGUAGAGCGCGAACUUGCGUUCCAGCGUGACCUGGUCAAGUUGAGGGGAGCGCUUGAUAUGACUCUUGCGCAGGCGGCCAUGAGCCAGUUGGACUAG